GUCAUUUGGCGGUUGAAGUUAGAAAAGAACGGCAAUAUGGGUCAACAAGGCAUCAACGAUUUUCAGCUUGUAGGUGUGACAGCUCCUGAAGGUGUACGUGAGCCAUCCCCUGGAAGUGUACCUUUUUCUGAGCUGCUUAACAGAGUUGAGAAGGAGGCGAAUAGGUUGCUAAGUUGUAUCAUAAGUUUGCGCAAAGCUAAACCAUACGGACCUUCAACCGUUAAAUUGUUUAGAGAGGAGUGCAUUUACUCGAAACGAGAACUACACCUGAUACGUUAUGUGCCAGCGCUGAUUAAAGUGCCUAGAGUCGAAAACCAUGCAAAUCCAGCGAUGUUGGAACAAGCAAAGAAUCGACCUUCACCCGAACAACAACAUGAACAGAAGGAAAAUAACGUAAAGAAAAAAGAUAAUCCUGUACAGACAAAUAUAAUUGUAGAGCUUCGAACUCGUCUAGCAAAUGCGUUGGAACACAAUGGCUACCUCGAGGAAUCAAAUAAACGGCUUCUGGCAGAAAACGAAGAUCUUUCAAUAAGACUGAGCCGACUGGCGGGUGAAAGACUGACUGAUGGAAACCCUAACAUCACCGAUCUAAGUGAUCGCAACAGACCAACAAAGCUUGGAGAGGUGUACAGUGAAUUGUACGACAACGAAUGGACAAACGCUUUUGAUGGAUUGAUUGAAUCGGGCUACGACGAGUUGGAGGCAAUUCAAACUUUAAAGCUUACACUGCUGAACAUACACGAGUUUUGUGAAACAAAGGCGGACUCAAUAUUGACUCAGACGGAAGAGGCUGUAAACUGUUUGUUUAAAAAGUAUAAAAUGCUGACAGAGAAAAAGAAAUCACGGCAACAUCUCACAGUUUCAAGAAAUCAGUCCCGGGAAAUACGGCGUUCUUUGAGAAAAUUGAUGCAGGAAUAUCUCCUCCAAUCAAAGUGGAAACCAAAGACUCCUGCUGCUGCAGAAUGCAAAAAGGAACCUACAAACGAUGUGAAAAUUCAGCCUAUUCAUGUUACGGAUAGAAUGAAGAAACUUCUCAAGGAGAUGUCGGAAUCAAUGGUGCCAGUUGUCCAAAUGGCCUUUAUCGAAGCAAGUUGGGAUUCAGGCUGUGUGGAAGAUUUGAAACCCUUCAUUAUGAAAUGUAUCUACGUUUGCUGGAUGAUGGUUGUGCAAAAUCCACUGAUGUGUUUUUUCCUGCCUAAACCUGGAACCGACGUAAACACAAGCAUGUUCAAAGUGUACACAAAAAGUGGAAGGACUGUUGAUUUCAUCGUUUGGCCAGCCAUGAUGCUACAUGAAACAGGCUCGGUUGUAUGCAAGGGUGUUUUGCAACCAAAAUGAACAUUGUUUACAAAACCAAAGACGACAUAAUAUGUAUUAUUCCUUCCGAUACAUACAAUCAUUGUUUUCAUGUAUAAAUCAAAGGCAUGUGGUGAACUUAUAGGCGAUAAGUGUGUCAUCAAUGUAUACCUAUAUUCAUGUUCGGCUUGUAUUAUGAAUAGUUGUCUAGUGUUUCUUGUUUGUGAUUUUGUAUUCUAUGUCUUUGGUAUUUGCCCAGUGCCAUUUAACCGGGUUUAUGUUUAAACAGUUUGCUACUGGGCAUGUUUCUGUAGCUUUUUGCAUCAAUAUUGCAGUUGUUUAGUUUAUUUUAUUCUCACAUAAUUAUUUUGAAAAGUAUAGUUAUCAAUAA